CCUGCUUCCUUCUCGAGGCCAUAAUCAUACGCUGCCAUCGAAGCUGUACAGACAGUUCAGACAAGACGUUUGUGCCAGCGCUUCUGCGCAGCUGCGAGCGCCAUGCUCCAACUCUCCCGGCUCCCGUGGGGCCUCGCAGCCGCCGUCCUCGCCGCCACAUGGCUUCCUUCUGCCCGCGUCGCUGCAUCUCCCUCCGUCAACGUCGCCCUGAAGGCGGCAUUCCCUUCGCCGCCAUAUCUGGUUGAGUUGCUCGAAACAGCAGCCGCCGACAAUGCGACGGUGUAUUUCGCCCUGCUCGACCGGAUUGCGAAGGGCCACUUCUCCGACGCCGCGACGGACAAAGCGCUCUACGAGAAGUUCGUCGAGGUUCUGCGAGAUGACGGCCACAUGGACGCGGAGUCGCUGUCGACCUUCAAGUUGGGCCUUUCCAUGCGGACAGCAGCUCCGCGGGUCGAAGCGCACUACCAGUACUAUGCGACGGCGGUAGAGCCUUCGCUGUCUGGGGAUCAAGACGGGUGUGUGCACUGGUUCCUUGUGGAUGGAAAGCAAUACUGCAAACCCACGCUCGACGCGGCGCACGGGGAUGUGAAAGGCCACAGCCAGGCGCGGACCCUGCCAUUUGACCGUAAGCUUGGCAGCGGCUCGCGGGAUGUGAUACUAUACGCCGACAUCACGUCAAAAGACUUCGGAGCAUACCAUGAGACUGCUGUGAACUUGGCCAGGCAGGGAGAAGGUUCGUACCGGCUCCGGUACAGGAGAAGCCCUGCCCACCCGGUUGAGGCCCUCUCGGUCAGUGGCUACGGCGUAGAACUCACCCUAAAGCGGACCGACUACAUCGUCAUCGAUGACCGGGACACGGGUGCUGCGGGAGCACCCGCGGACGAGGCCCAAAAGCCCAUCACUUCUUCCGAUAUCGUCUUGGAUGAAGAGGAAGAGAUCACCGAUAUUAAGCCCCUCGAAAAGUCCGAGCUCUCUCUCCUCGGCGUGAAAGCCGCGUCCUUCAUCAUGCAGAGCGAGUCGCCGUUUGACACUUUGCUCAAGCUAACGCAAGAUUUCCCCAAAUACUCAAACUCUCUCGGUGCUCACAAUGUCUCGGCGAAAUUCGCGGCUGAAUAUGAGGAGAACCAGAAGAUGUUAGGGCCGGAUGGCAGAAAUAUCCUGUGGAUGAACGGUGUCCAGCUGGUUGAUCGCCAGAUCCAACCGUUCGGGCUCGUUGACGUGCUCAAGCGCGAGCGAAAGCUGAUUAAAGGCGUCCUCGACCUCGGCCUGACCGGGCAGCAGGCCGUCUCCCUGCUAGGCCAUACAGAGGUGGCACAAGCAAAGUCAGGCGAUGAGGAACCUCGCAGGUUUGACUGGCGGGAUCGGCUCGAGGACGGUCGCGUCAUCAUUUGGCUCAACAACCUGGAGAAGGACAAGCGGUAUGCCGACUUCUCCCCGCACCUCUGGGCAUUGAUCCAGCACUUCGGGCACGGCUUGCCUCAGGUGCGGAAGGACAUCUUCAACCUGGUUGUUCCUGUGGACUUCUCCGAUCCUGAGGAUCUCAAACUGAUCACAACGCAACUCUUGACUUUCAUGAAGCGACUCGUCCCCAUCCGCUUUGGCUUGGUCCCGCUCACUCCCACCGAAAAGGCUAUUGACCAGGCCAAGGUCGUCUACUAUCUGCUGGAAAACCACGGUCUGGCGGCCACAGUCUCCUAUCUCGAGAAGUCGCUUGAAAACGACAAGGCCGCGAGGCCAGACGAGCGCAUCUUCAACGAAGCCAUCAAGGACCGACCCUUGCGACCAAACGCCACGCCACUGCCGUUUCAAGACAUCUUCACCUCGGAAGCACAUGAGAAGCAGAUCCAUCUGGCCAAGCGCUGGGUAGAGCGCCUACGCGCUGACGGCGACGUGCCUUCCAUCUUUUUCGAUGGCUUCCCCAUUCCUAAGGACGAGCACUGGUUAAGAGGCAUGAACCAAAAGCUCAUGGUGGACCUGCAGGCGGUUCAGCAGGCCGCCUACUUCGGGGCCAUCAACGAGACCACCUGGAUCCCGGGCUACCUGCUUGAGAACGCCGUCUCGAGGCGCAACACGCUCAUCUUCCCCGAAGAUGCACGCGAUCUUACUGUGCUCAACGUCAACAAGCUGUACACGGAGCACCGCGAUGUCUUCGACCAGGUUCCCGUAGUUGAGGCCGAGAAGCAGUCGACCAAGGAAGACUGGGCUGCCCUGACCGUCAUCGCGGAUCUCGAUAGCGCUGAGGGGCAGAAGCUUCUCUUGUACGCCAUCCAAUUUCGAAAAGCCCAUCCUGGCAUCCGUAUGGAGAUCGUGCAUAACCCAGGGGAUGUUUCCCGAGAUGCGUCGGAGCUCACCCAGCGCCUGAAGGCUCGCGUGGAUAAGCUGCUCGGUGCCGAUCGGCUCUCUGACCUGGAGGCUAUCCUGGAGAGCGGCGAAUCCAAGGCUGAUCCCACUUAUGAUGCUGCGCUGGCUGGCUUUCUCGCAGCCGCCAAUUUAAAGGCCGGCCAAAACGCGCUCAUGCUGAACGGCCGUCUGGUCGGCCCCAUCCCCUCCGCCGAGCACUUCAAGAAGGAGGAUUUUGAGCAGUUCCUGGAAGCCGAGCGCUCAAGUCGCAUUAUUCCCGUUUACAAGGCCCUCGAGGACCUCAACCUGGGUGACAGAGUCUCGGGUCCGGUCGCUGCCGCCAAGCUGACCUCGGCUACCGCCCUGUCGGGUAUGUCCGACCUGCCCCAGGGCAUCUUCGACUCGGCCUCCCCGAUCAGGAUGACGGUGUUUAAGGAGUUGAAUUCGACGUACACGUCAUUUGAGGUCGGCGAUGCGUCCACCGCCACUAUCUUCUUCGCUGCCGUCAUCAAUCCCGCGAGCGAGAUCGGCCAGAAGUGGGCUGCGAUGUUCAAGGUCCUCUCCGAACUGGAGGGCGUCCACCUUCAGAUCUUCCUCAACCCCGCAGCGGAGCUCGCAGAGCUUCCAGUCAAAAGAUUUUAUCGUUACGUUCUGCAGUCCUCCCCGAGCUUUGACGAGGACGGAAAGGUCAAGGCGCUCUCGGCGAACUUUGCAAGCGUCCCAGAAGACACUCUGCUUGUUGCCGGCAUGGAUGUCCCGCCGGCCUGGCUGGUCACCUCGAAGGUCUCGGUCGACGACCUGGAUAACCUUCGUAUCAAGGACAUCAAAGCCAGACGAGGCACCGCGCAUGUUGAGGCCGUCUACGAGCUCGAGAACAUCCUGAUCGAGGGCCACUCCCGCGAGGUACCGUCCGGGCAACCUCCCCGCGGCGUCCAGCUGGUGCUGUCCACCGAGAAGGACUCGCACUUUGCCGAUACCAUCAUCAUGGCCAACAUCGGCUACUUCCAAUUCAAGGCCAACCCGGGAGUCUACAGCAUCCGGCUCAAGGAGGGCCGGAGCUCCGACAUCUUCACUCUCGAGAGCGUGGGCCCUCAAGGCUGGCACCCCGUCCCCGGCGACGAAACGUCCGAGAUAGCGCUCAUGGACUUUCAAGGCGCCACGCUGUACCCCCGCCUGAAGCGCAAGCCCGGCAUGGAGCAAGAAGAGGUCCUCGGCGAGAGCAAGGCCAACGCCACCACAGCCGGCGCCGCCAUGGACUUCGUCUCCAAAGGCCUCAGGUUCGCCGAGGGCAUCCUCGGCCGCGGUAAGGCCGCCGCCGAAACCAAAUCGGCCUCCGACACGGAGCACGCCGAGAUCAACAUCUUCUCCGUCGCCAGCGGCCACCUCUACGAGCGCAUGCUCAACAUCAUGAUGGUCUCGGUCAUGCGCCACACCAACCACACGGUCAAGUUCUGGUUCAUCGAGCAGUUCCUCUCGCCGUCCUUCAAGGACUUCAUCCCGACGCUCGCGGCCGAGUACAACUUCAAGUACGAGAUGGUCACGUACAAGUGGCCGCACUGGCUGCGCCAGCAGAAGGAGAAGCAGCGCGAGAUCUGGGGCUACAAGAUCCUCUUCCUCGACGUGCUCUUCCCGCUGUCGCUGGACAAGGUCAUCUUCGUCGACGCGGACCAGAUCGUGCGCACCGACAUGUACGACCUGGUCACGCUGGACCUGCAGGGCGCGCCCUACGGCUUCACGCCCAUGUGCGACUCGCGCACCGAGAUGGAGGGCUUCCGCUUCUGGAAGACGGGCUACUGGGCGAGCUACCUCAAGGGCCGGCCGUACCACAUCAGCGCGCUGUACGUGGUCGACCUGCGGCGCUUCCGCGCGCUCGCCGCGGGCGACCGCCUGCGCCAGCAGUACCACACCCUCUCCGCCGACCCGCAGUCGCUCGCCAACCUCGACCAGGACCUGCCCAACCACAUGCAGUUCCACAUCCCGAUCCACUCGCUGCCGCAGGAGUGGCUGUGGUGCGAGACCUGGUGCAGCGACGAGACCCUCGCCGCCGCUAGGACCAUCGACCUGUGCAACAACCCGCAGACCAAGGAGCCCAAGCUGGACCGCGCCCGGCGCCAGGUGCCCGAGUGGACCGAGUAUGACGAGGAGAUCGCCGCGCUGGCGCGGAGGAGGAGGGAGGAGCUUUACCAGCAGCAGCAGCAGCAGCGGGAGGAACAGGUUGUGGAGAAGCAAGAGGGCAGGAAGAAGGAGGAGGAAACGGUAGAGAGGAAUCCCAAGAGUAGACGGUUUGAGGACGAGGAGGCCGCUGCGGGAGGUCGUGUCAGAGAUGAGUUGUAAUUGAUAGCAAAACUUGGUCUAGUUACCAUGAUAAAGCAUAAGGGUCUAUUUAGAAACAGCUUGGGCAUCCAUCCAGCCACGUGUGUCAAAACCAGCUUUGAUAAGAUAGGUGCGCCGCGCUGUCAAGUCUAUCGAGCUUGUCUCAUUCCUCCGUUUAU